UUGUGCCAGUGGCGAAGGAAUCAAGGAGGGAUGGUUGCUUGCUGCUCGGUGCGGUCGUGGUGACUGUUGGUGGAUGGACUUUCGAACUGCUAGUUGCUCUGGCUGACUGACGAUAUGGCACCCCACAUACCACUAGGCAACAUGGUUCACACUCCCUCGUUGAUUCUCUAUACCAUGUGUUUGCUUCUGUCAUGUACCUCUUGGGCCUUGGCCCUUUUGUCUGUCAGCCUUGCUUCACCGUAUCCCCCCCUUCUGUUAUACUAUAGUUUUUAUUACUUUCAUAGUCACAGAGCGCAUAUUCGGUAUCAUCUACAUACGUACAUAUACGCUGGUUCGACCCAUGCAUACCUCAGCCGAAUGAUGUUCGACUCUGUUCUUCUGCACCUCUCCAAUGACUGCGCCGCAGUCGCAGUUUUAGCUCAAGUCCCCACGGUAGCGGGGACCUUUUCCUGCAGAAUGCCAAAUGUCUCACGCAUCGAUGCUAUGUAAGUAUGGAAUGGGUUGUGCUAACUCGCUGGACUUCGAGUUCCGUCGAUUGGAUGAUAUUGACCUGCCUCGAGGCCGGCGAUUUUCAUUAGUUGUCA